GUACAUACAUACAUUACAUAGAGUCUCCUGUUCUGUUUUGUCAUGGUGAUCUUGCAGCGUUCUUUCAUUCAUACCUCCCUUGUUAGCACCCAAGCAAAGCACCACAUAACUGGAUCGGAUUGUAUUCAUGAAAAAGGUUCACUGAAGCUUCAUUCGUCUCUUCCUCCAACUCCAAGUCCAAGCUUGUUGAUAACCAAUUCACAGCAAUCUCAAACUCCCACUUUGUUGUUUCCUCCAGCCAAACAGAGUGUGGCAGCUAUUGUGUUUGGAGAUGGACAUGAAUCACAGCUUUACCCAUUGACAAAGAGAAGAUCACAAGGGGCUAUACCUAUUGCAGCAAACUACAGGCUCAUUGAUUCUGUUGUGAGCAACUGCAUUAGCAGCAACAUAAACCAUAUAUAUGCUCUAACACAAUUUAACUCUACUUCUCUCAAUUCCCACCUUUCCAGAGCUUAUUCUGGAGUAGGUCUUGGGAAUGAGGGGUUUGUUGAAGUAAUUGCAGCAUAUCAGAGCCCUGGAAAUAAUGGAUGGUUUCAGGGAACUGCCGAUGCUGUUAGAAGAUGCCUGUGGGUGCUGGAAGAGUAUCCAAUGACUGAGUUUUUGGUCCUUCCUGGUCACCAUCUCUACAGCAUGGACUACCAAAAACUCUUAAAGGCCCACCGAGACAGUAAGGCUCACAUUACAGUUGCUGCAUCAAUUGCCAGGAAACUUCAUGAUCCGGGUUUUGGCUUUCUAGAUGUGAACUCUGAAAAUCAAGUUGUGGAGUUUAGAUUGAAGUUGGAGGGAAAGCCAGUUAAUGUUGUUUCAGUAAGUAGUAGUAAAUCCAAAGAUACUGCUCAAAAUAGUAUGACGAGUAUGGGAAUCUAUCUCAUCAAUAGAGAUAUAAUGAAAAGGCUUCUAGAAGAAGAUUUUCCCAAGGCAAAUGAGUUCGCAAGUGAAGUAAUUCCGGGAGCCAUAUCUAUUGGAAUGAAGGUUCAAGCUUAUGGAUUUGAUGGAUAUUGGGAGGACAUGAGGAAUAUUGAAGCAUUCUACCAAGCAAAUAUGCAAAGCACAAAGGAUGCAGACGUGGGAUACAACUUCUACGACAGAGAAAGUCCAGUCUACACUUUGCGUCGGUGUCUGCCUCCAACUCAUAUAACUGACGACUGUGUAAUAACAAACAGUGUAAUUGGAGACGGCUGCAUUCUCAAUGGAUGCAGGAUCAAAGAUACAGUAAUUGGUACCAGGACAAGAAUCGGAGAUGGGGCUAUGAUUGAGAAUUCAGUGAUCAUGGGUUCAACUAUCUAUCAAUUACAGACAGAAGGUGGUGGGAAGAGGAAAGUUCCCAUCGGAAUUGGUGAACAUACUUUUGUAAGGAAGGCCAUUAUAGACAAGAAUGCAAGAAUUGGCAAGAAUGUUAAGAUCAUGAACAAAGACAAGGCCCAAGAAGCGGACAGAGAAGCUAAUGGCUAUGUCAUCCGUGACGGAAUAGUAGUCGUUGUUCGAAGUGCAGUAAUCCCAGAUGGCACCAUCCUCUGACUCUCUCUCUCUCUCUCUCAUGCUCAUGCUUAUCCAAUCCAAUCAAUUCUUUCUUAUCAACGCCAUGCCAUUCAUUCUUUUACAAUUCAGUUGAGAUCAUGAAAUAAAAUUU